AUGAAGUUUUUAAGCUUGGCAAUUUUCGUGGGACUUUUCUUAGCGGCCUGUGUAAGCUGUUCAGUGGCUGCUAAAUCUUCGAACAACAAUGGUAAAGAGCAGAGUGUAAAUUGUUUUUAAUUCAUUUUUGAAGUCUAUGAUUUGCUGUACUUAAUAGGACCCCCCAAAACAUUUUCGAAUCUUCGCAAGAUUCGAAACCAUUUUUAAAACGAUUGACAUUUUGUGUGAUUGUGAAUUUUGUUUUAAGCCCGCAGAAAAACCAUCACCAGUGGUGACUUCAUUAUUUUGAAAUCAGCUCAUAGCAGUUAUUCGAAACUUUCACUAAGCUGCAAUAAAUCUGGCUGCCAAUGGACGCAUUGCCCGUCUAAUGAUGCUGAGGUUUCGUCGCCCUGCUCACCUGAGAAUACGGAGUUCAAAAUAACAGCCAGAGGAGAAACGCUGGGAAAGCCCAUCAAAAGCGGGGAAAAAGUAUCGCUGAUCGUUAGAAAGUACGGUCCUCAGUACAAGCUGACUUGUGGCAAAUCUUCAACCGCGCAGUGCCAUUUGGAUUCGUAAGUACUCAGCUUUAAAUUUAAACACCAAAUCAACUCUUCUUGGAAAUUUAACUCAAGCAACAUCGGACGAGAAGAUGCAACUGAUGUCUAUAGUUGACUUUCGGUCUGUACAAUUUUGCUCUUAGUCAGUUAUUGGCAUUUCUCUCUCGGUCAGUCUUAAGAACUUAUAGGCAAAAGUAGUUUUACUUGGCCCAACACAAACUUGACUGCUAGAUAUUUAGUCAAUUAUUGCUUUUUGACCUCCUUUUGCCACUUUUUUCUCUAGUUUCAAAGGCGACAUGACAGGAAACAACUGGUUGAUAUACGACAACGCCACUUUUCAAAUAUUCUCCAAAGAGGCAGAGGAUUCUACUCCCAUCCACAAUGGCGACGUGGUGGGACUCAAGUACUUACACUGCUCCAGCAAAGCAUGGUUGACCAAAAGUGGCAAAUUCCUUUAUCCUCGUAGCUGUAGCAGAAACGACAAAACCUCUUGCGCAAAAGAGGACAGUUUCACCGGCUUCAAAAUCUUCAAGAGCUGAAGUCGUAAAGUUUCAAGAUCUCAAAUUUGAAGCUGGAGUUCUCAACUAUAAAUUUUAAGCAUAAACAGUUUAGAUCAUUUAGAGACCAUUUUGGAAAGAUAAUUAAAUAAGGGAUUUAUGUGUUAUUUAACUUAAACUUUUUGCUUUUCAAUAAAAGAGUUGAGGAUUCGAUCGCUAUUACACGUCUCAUGGUACUUAUGACACGACGGCUAAGAUUAAAACGAGUGAUCUCUGAGCCUUUGCUCCUUAACGCUGUUUCACCGCAAUUAGAAAUCACCCAGACUGUUCUUUAAUUCGUUUUGUUUAUCACAUUUUCUUUGGUGUUUUCUUUUAAUCUGGGUCAUUUUAACUUCAAUAGAGGGGAAAAAAUGAUCUAAUUCCAAUCCAAUGUAGCUAGCACGUCAGUUCCUUCACAAUGACAACAUAUACUGAUAACCGACCUUCUAUUGAGGGUUUUUCUUUCUUUUAUGGUGGAACCCCCAUAUCCUCGGUGAAGCAUCUUCAAUUAAGAGCUCACCGACUCUGGAGAUAUGAAUUAAUAGCUAAUAUUUAUAAUCAGCUGAGUGCAAUGGAGAAUAUUUUCACCAGAGAUUGACGAACACGUAUAUUUUUGCGACGGGUUCAAAAUGAAUUUUCGGCCGAGGUUUUCAAACGGUGGUAGAAUCGAGUGGGUGAUUAGGUUGAGAAAAUGGGUCACUAAAUUUUAUUAUUUCUUCCUGCCGAGGUUUUUCAACGGGUCAGUAUGAGUGCAAUCUUGUCAAUCGAAUACUUUUUUCUUCAAAGAGUAACGCAGCAAUGCAUUGAAUCAAUACCGACCCCGAGACAGUAUCGAAAGACAGUAAUGUGCAGCUGUAUAUGAAGCAACAUUUUCCCGAAAAAUUUAGAUGCAAUUUGAAGUUUUACGAAGUUAGGUUCUUUUUCUGAUUCCUCUCUCCAUCGCAUUUUUAAAUCUGAAAAAAAAUUUAGGUUUCCUUUUUCGACAAAAAAUAGUCAACCUGGGGAGUGAAAAAUUAAACUAUUAGAUAAUUAUACUAUUAGAUAACCUUCGAACAUUGUACAGGAAUGGAACGGACAUCUAGAUCGGAAAUGUUUUAGCCUUUCUCAAGCUAUAGAAAAUUCUAGGCAUUUUUAGUUUCUCCGAACAGAUAUUUUGCAGAAAACAUUUCAGGGUGCUCCUGUUAUUUCCGCGGUGGCUGGUGAAUUUAAGGGAUAGAACAUAAAAUGGUACUUGAUCCGCGAAAACUGACGAUCGGGUUCGGAUUAGUAAACAUUUUUUUAAACCGCACAGACUUUCAGAAAUCAUAGUAACGAUAAAUUCGAUAUUUGUCUAAACGAAAAUAAUCAUAAUUUUAUUUUGCCCACUGCCUAGUUUAGUAUGACCAAAAAAGCAAUGUUCUACUUGUAGUGGGCUUAAAGUUAUCAAUGAUGUCAUCACGUCUUGCGGAACGUGUUAGUUGACUCCCUAAACAUGUUUCGCAUUAAUUAAGUAAAAAACCUCUAAUAAACGUUACAUUAUUCAUAACAUAAUUAGUCUUAGUUAAGGGAAUUCGAAGUCUGUGUCAGUCUGUUCAGGCGUUCACAGUGUCGUCAUCGAGUAUGAAGUUUCUCGGCGUGACCGUUUUCGUGGCUUUAAUCUCUCUUGGCGGAGUCAACUGUUCAGAUUCCGUUGCUGUUAACACUAAUAACCUGCAAGUAAGUUGCUCCGUACCGAUAGAAGAUGUGUGGACCGACUUAUCGAGAGGUAAGACUUCGAUAAAGCGUUUGAUGUUGUUUCAGUUUUAUCAUUCAAGAGUCGCUAGCCUAAGCGAUGUACUGGGGACUUGGAGUUUUCACCCCGUUCGGUUUGUCUUAAUAAGAGUGUAAACGUUUCGCCGAGUUCAUUCAAACUUUUUGUGAUCUCACCUUUUAAAUCACAGCAAAAUGCUUCUUUUACAAAACGAAGAAAACGGCUUUACAAUUAGUGUGCGUCUAAUAUCUUCUUUCACCUUUUGGUAGUUUAGUGCAAAGUUUUAAUAGUUAUUUUUUUGUUACAAGUCCACAGAUAUCCCGUCAUCAAGAGUGGGGACCAAAUUGUGCUACGAUUAGCGCACAGCAGUUACUCCAGCUACUUGCUGUAUUGUCUUACAAGUUAUUGCGAACUAAGUCAGUGCUCAGGUAGUCAGAGUAUGACGAAAUCUUUGUGGUCUUCAUGUUCUUCCUACUCCAUGUUCUAUAUCACCGCCUUUGGAAGAGUGAAUGGAGAACCCAUCAACAGUGGAGACACUGUGUCAUUGAGUUCCGCUGGCUACGGUUCCAGCUACCGGCUGAGGUGUUACACAUCGUCCACCACCUACUGCAGAGUAUCAUCGUAAGUAAACAAUCUUGUGCUUUAUAACAUUGUUAUAAGCAUAAAUGAAUGUUUGACAGUUUAAUUUGUUUAUUUGACAAUUGGCUUUAUUUAUUUCUUUUUAUUUUAAAUAGAAUCACCAGCACAAUUACUGGGAACGAGUGGCUUUACUACUCGUACGCCACUUUCGAGAUUUAUGCCAAAAACGCUGUGGAUGGAACCCCUCUGCAAUAUGGUGACGUUGUGGGCCUCAAGUAUCCCUACUACGCUUCGAGUUACUGGAUGAGCUACUAUAGCAGCUACUUUCGUCCUCGUAGCUGUAGCAGCUACAGCAAGACGUCCUGUGCAAAGGAGAAUACUUUCAGUGGAUUCCGGAUCUUCAAGAGGCUGUGA